ACCACGAUAAGGCUCACACUACUCUCCUUCGAGUGAGUUUGGGUUUGUGCAAACAUGGCGACGAGCGCUCAUCUUCUUCCUCAGUCAUUGCAUAUGAUGCCGAGAAUCCCUACAUUCUCGUCUAAGAAUUUUGGGGUUUCUUCAAUUCUACCACGAGCUUCAUCACUCAACUCGAGGCUAUCAGUUUCUAGGGUUCUUCUCAAUUACUCCGGCUCCAAUUUUGGUUUUCCCAUCGAUUCCAAGAAGAGAAGGGAGUUUAUUGUUAAAGCUGAAGAGAGUACUGAAGGUGAAACUGAGGCAGUUGUGGAGAAUGCUGCUGAAACUGAAGCGGAAGGAGAUGGAGAAGGAGAAGCCUCUGCGGUGGAGGAAGCUAAACCUCCGAGGAAGACUAGAGUCAAGCUCGGCGAUGUCAUGGGGAUACUCAACAAGAAAGCUAUUGAGGUUUCAGAGAAAGUAAGGCCGGUUCCGGAACUUAGGACAGGGGAUAUUGUAGAAAUCAAACUGGAGGUUCCUGAGAACAGACGUAGGCUGUCGAUCUACAAAGGUAUAGUGAUUUCUAGACAAAAUGCAGGCAUCCACACUACUAUUCGUAUCAGGAGGAUAAUUGCUGGCAUUGGUGUUGAAAUCGUUUUUCCUAUAUACUCUCCCAACAUAAAGGAGAUAAAAGUGGUAAGUCACAGGAAAGUGAGAAGAGCAAGACUCUACUAUCUGAGGGACAAACUUCCUCGUCUCUCAACUUUUAAAUGAUCACAACACCAGUCCUGCCUUGUCUUGUGUUGUCUUCAUACCUCCAGAGGUAGCUAAUCUCCUCCUUUUUCAAAUACUCUCGCUCUCUCUCGCCCUCUCGCCCUCUUGUAAUAAUUGUUUGUUUGCUGGAUUUCAUUUCUUUUCAUGUAAUUUACAGUGACAGUAAUUGAAGGAAAAGUAAAUCAAAUGUUGAUUGUUUUGAUCUUGA